UCCUCUGAGGGGUUUUUGAUUAGUUUCUCCUCCACCACAUACUCUCUCUAUAUAGUUCGUCACUUCCGCUACUCACUAAAGAAAUUUUAUCUCCCACUUUACCCCAUCUAACAAACACACACAUUGUCCCGAGAGAAAAAAACAAGUUCAAGAAAAUGGAUCCUUGGUCGUGGAUAUGCGAGCUUCCGGAGUCCCACGACUUUGCCGAGUCUGACACACACGCAGUGUUUCAGCUCGCAGGAGACUUGACUCAUUCAAUCCAACUUAGGGUUGAAAGAGCUUCUAGCUCUGACCUAGAAUCUCUGUCUCUAACUUUCAAAGUGGUCGUAGAGGGUUUUAGCCAUCUUAAAUCAUCGACCAUAUGGGUCUCCGACACGUGUGCCUUGUCGUCGGAGAAACCAUUCCUCCCUCUAGUUCUCCUGCUCCUUCAAGAACUAAUCUCCUACUCUCCUACCACAGGCGAAAGCACGUGCACAAAGUCUGAGCCUCUUGAAAUCAAAUCGGGUCCGGUUAGCUGGGUCAUGGACUCUCACUCUCCGGAAUCCUUCUCGUCAGUCUUUAAUCUAAUCCUCCUCACGCGUCUUUUCUGGCUAUGUGUGUUUGACGCGCCUAGCGAAGUUGGCUCUUUCUUCUUCCAACACUUACUAGGUCCCCACGUGAAAUCGCUGACGUGUCAACAUGCGCCUGUGUUGAGAACGUUUCUCGUCUCACUUGGUGUAGACGCCGAGCUGUGCAUCGUACGCGCUGCAAGUUACGCCUUGUCCAAAUGGAUGAUCUCCAAGGAAGUGGGACUUGGGAAUCUCGGCUUGAAACAGAUCACAAGCCCCUUGCCACAUCAAUCAUUGGGCUUUUCUUAUGCAACAGAAGCCCAUGGGCUUUGGAGCUUGAAAGGCUAUUUCCCGAUCUUGUCGAUGAACCUCACAAAUAAUAACAGCUCUAGUGAGAUUCAUAACAACAAGAUCAUCAAGUUCCCGAUCGUAGAGCCCAAAGAAGCUGUCCUACGCUACGCUUUGUCACACCAACAUGCCGAAGUAAUCGUGCAGUUUGAAUACUCUGUCACGUUCCACGAGAACUACAUAAAAGUGAACGCACGCGUCGACAACAUACGCGUCCACGUAUCGAAGCUAGGGUUUCACAAGGGAAGAAGGAUGGAGAAUCAGAUAGCAGAUUGUUACUCAGACGAGAAGUACUUCCCGUCGCGGGUACAGGUCUGGGUGGGGCCGGAAAUCGGGUCGAACCACGUGUCCGGACUAAGCCUAGGCCGGUCGACGAAGAACGAGGAGAGAGAGGUCGAGGUAAUGAGAGUCCUAAAGGGAAAUUUCGGGAAAGGGAAAGUGGCUCCGAGGGUGAAGGCAAGAGCAAGAAUCUCAACCAGGAGAAAGAUUAAGGAUUGGAGAAUCGAUCAGGAAAGUGAAGGAAACGCUGCCGUUUUCGAUGCGGUGUUGUAUGAUAGAGAGAGCGGCCAAGAAGUGGUGACGGUGAAGCCGAACCAAGAGGGUAUGAAGAAUGUUUUUACCAAGAGCGGAGGGAUGGUUUUUGGAAGGGAUGAGUAUGGAGAUGGUGCUGGAUGGAGAGUUGGGAGAGAAAUGGAAGGAAGUGUGUUGAAAUGGAGAAUGGGAGGCAAAAUUUGGCUAACAUAUUGGCCAAACAAGUUGUGCACUUCAUUUUAUGAGACUAGAUGUGUGGAGUGGUGUGAUGAGGUCGAUUUACCUUUGGUUCCCACUUCCUAAUUAGACGCAAACAACACUUAAAUGAGAAAGUCCAAGUAGAAAGAUAAAUGAAACUGGGUGACAAGUUGUUAUGUGUUUGUAAGUAUUAAUUACACCUUAAGCUAGUUGUGUUGGUCUCUCAAAUGUUUGUAUUCGUAUUAAUUGCGGCAUGUGCAGACGCAAAUAUGGUUACUACA